UAUGUACUUUUAAAAAUUAUUGUAAACAAUUCAAGUCAUAAAGGAUCAUGUAAAAUUUACCAGUUUCAUUUAGUUUUAUCAAGAAAACGCAAGAUAAAUUUUGAAUAUUACAUAAAUUGUAUUUAAUACGUUCAUUUGGAACUCAUCAGGCUCAACAUUAAUGAUCUAAAAUUGAAAUUAGGAGAAAUCACUAUCAUUAAGAACUCCUCAUAAGAACUUAUUAGGGAUAAAUAGACAUCAUGGAGCAAGCUCAGAAUGGCCAGUUAUCAUUAUACAUCAAAAAACUUGUUGAGCUGCUUGAUUCACUUGAUGUGACAAUUUUGAACCGUGACCGACAAGGCAAUAAGCUAGAAACUGUGAGGUCCUUAGCACCUGUACCAACCAAAAGUGAGAAACCAAAUGAGAAGUGCAAAAAAAAUCCUAAGUGGGUUUUUACACAAAACCCUACGAUUAAACCUGAACCACCUACCACUCCCCCUCCUGGCUCGUGGACUAUAAAUGAAAAAGGGUAUGCAGUGUUAAAUGUGUCUGGCAAACAACCUAAUGGGACAUGGUUUAUGAACUCUUCAGGCAAUUCAGAAUUGUUGCCCAAUGGAAGGCAAUUUCCUCCCCUUCCUCAAGGAGGAAAAUGGAUCAUCGAAUCUGGAAAUCCUAAGUGGGUUGUUACACAAAACCCUACAAUUAAAACUGAUCAACAAACCACCCUUCCUGCUGGUGAGUGGUUUAUAAAUCAUACAGGGCAUGCAAUGUUAAAUGUUUCUGGCAAACAACCUAAUGGGAUAUGGUUAAUGAACUCUUCAGGCAAAGCAGAAUUCUUAGACAAUGGAAAGCCACUUCCUCCCCUUCCUCAAGGAGGACAAUGGAUCCUCGAAUCUGGAAGUCCUAAGUGGGUAGUUACACAAAACCCUACAAUUAAAACUGAUCAACAAACCACCCUUCCUGCUGGUGAGUGGUUUAUAAAUCGUACAGGGCAUGCAAUGUUAGAUGUUUCUGGCAAACAACCUAAUGGGACAUGGUUAAUGAACUCUUCAGGCAAAGCAGAAUUCUUAGACAAUGGAAAGCCACUUCCUCCCCUUCCUCAAGGAGGAAAAUGGAUCAUCGAAUCUGGAAGUCCUAAGUGGGUUGUUACACAAAACCCUACAAUUAAAACUGAUCAACAAACCACCCUUCCUGCUGGUGAGUGGUUUAUAAAUCGUACAGGGCAUGCAAUGUUAGAUGUUUCUGGCAAACAACCUAAUGGGACAUGGUUAAUGAACUCUUCAGGCAAAGCAGAAUUCUUAGACAAUGGAAAGCCACUUCCUCCCCUUCCUCAAGGAGGAAAAUGGAUCAUCGAAUCUGGAAGUCCUAAGUGGGUAGUUACACAAAACCCUACAAUUAAAACUGAUCAACAAACCACCCUUCCUGCUGGUGAGUGGUUUAUAAAUCGUACAGGGCAUGCAAUGUUAGAUGUUUCUGGCAAACAACCUAAUGGGACAUGGUUAAUGAACUCUUCAGGCAAAGCAGAAUUCUUAGACAAUGGAAAGCCACUUCCUCCCCUUCCUCAAGGAGGAAAAUGGAUCAUCGAAUCUGGAAGUCCUAAGUGGGUUGUUACACAAAACCCUACAAUUAAAACUGAUCAACAAACCACUCUUCCUGCUGGCGUGUGGAUGAUAAAUGAAACAGGGCAUGCAAUGUUAGUUGUCUAUGGCCAACAACUUGAUGGAACAUAUUUUAUGAAUGCUUCAGGCAACCCAGAAUUUUUACCCCAUGGAAAUGAAUUUCCUCCCCUUCCUCAAGGAGGACAAUGGAAAAUCACUCUUGAUGGAAGGCCUCAGUGGGUACCUUUACGACAAGGACAAACCGUUCCUUCUGGCCGUUGGAUUGUAAAUGAAACAGGGCAUGCAGUGUUAAUUGUUUAUGGUCCUCAGCCUAAUGGAACAUGGUUUAAGAACGCUUUUGGUGAGGCAGAGUUUUUAUCAUAUGGAAAUAAACUUCCUCCUCUUCCUCAGAAAGGUAAAUGGACCAUUUCUGAUAGUGGAAAGCCUAUUUGGAUUCAGGAUCCCAAGUCAAGUUCUAAAGGUAAUGUUGCUGAAGCAAUUGCUAUUAGUUUAAAGGGAGAUGCAAAAGCUAAAGCGACGGCAGAUAUUCCUGGUGCUACCGCCUAUUCCACUACAACAGCUGUAGGUAAUGCUAUUUCAGAAUCUACAGCUAUAGACGGUAACUCAAUAGCAGUAGCUACAGCUACUUCAAGACGCCGCGACCGUAAAGCACCAAAGCCUACAAGAUCACAAAUGCCACCAAAUGUGGAAGAUGGCUAUUUCCCUAAUACCAGCUUACAGGAAACAUAUCCAAUAGAUUCUCAUCCUGCCAUUAGAAAGGUGUAUCAAGAUAUUCAUAAAACUCUGAAGGAUAUUGAUGAGUGUGUCAACAAAAUUAUGUACAAACUAGGAUUUUAAACACAAUAAAAGUAUGGAUUAAUUUUGA